AUGUCAGAAGACCCAUACCUUCUGCUCUCUGCCUUCCUCGACCGCCUGCCGUACUUCCAUAAUCUCCAGUGCCUGCGGCUCCAAGAACUCAACUUGAAAUGGUCGCAUAUCGACAGCCUCCCUCGCUUAAAGAGACUGGAGGUUCAUGGUGGCAACUUUCUGGCGGAUAUUCAACACUGUCCGAAGCAUUUGAUACACAGGCUGGCUGUGGACGAUUUCUGGGUGGCUGAUAUUGGCUCCCAGCCCAACUUAUUCGGCCGUUGGAUGAGACUUCUCAACCCAUCAACACUGCGCUCUAUCUUCGUAGGCUGCGAAAUUGCAGAUUUGGAUGCAGUUUUCCCUCUGGUCACCGAUAUUACCCUCACUCCCCUGCAGAAAAUAAGUAUGAAGCAAAUCACAGAAUUCCUGUCCGUAUUCCCCGCCCUUACUAGUUUCCAUACGCAAGUUCUAUUCAUGGUGUUCGACGAGCCACCGCCGACAACACCACAUCUCAUUCUGCCCAGCCUCUCCACGCUGACGCUAACAUCCAUAAACACACCUUUUGAACUUCUCAGAUAUGUGGCGCUACCGCGGCUCACACAUCUCAAAGUGCCACUCUGUAUGCUGGACACCUUUGUCGAUGGUAUGCCCUCCAUGUGUAUGUCCGUGGCCGCCACUAUCACUCGUCUGCACAUCCGACUUCUCUUGGAAAUGUUUCUGGAUGAUAUUCCAUACGACAAACUCCGCACUAUUAUAACCUCCUUCUCUGCCCUCGAAAUACUCGACAUGGAGUUGGUCUGCAGCUUCAAAGACACCAACGCUAUCCACCUCAAUCCUCUGCUAGCAGACCUUUUUAUAGGCCUCCCCAACCUCCCCCAUCUCCCUCUUGCGCUCGAGCGUAUGGCGCUGCACUGUACAUUCAGCAACAGUCGGGACACUGACAUCUACCCACGGGGCGAGCACCACUCUGCUGGUGAGACGGGUUCCUUACUCGCCGAUGCCCGCCGCGAGCUUUCCCAGCGCUGCCCCAGCCUUCGAGACGUCUUCAUCGACGGUGCCCUCUUCGGCUACUGGUGGCGCGCGGCAUCGAGUGGUAUAGAAUGCGAAGACUUUAUCGACAAUUCAGCCGACUCACAGAACGGAAAAGCUUUACAGGAGCUCAGGGAGCGCUCGUGGGCAGCCAACGGACGGGUGUAUUAUGAAUAA